UAUAUUAAAAUGUGUUUGGCAGCAGGAUGGCGUGAAAGAGCUGCACUAAGGGAAAGGCGAUAGAGAGAGCACACGCUUCGGCAGGCAAAAGGAAAGGCAAUAUAUUGCUCUUUCUACACCAAAUCUGAAAAUGGAUUUUGCUCAAAAAACCUAUGGAGGAAUAGUUGCUUUGCUGUCUUUAAGUCUGACUGUGGCAUUAAGUAACGAAAACUGUGAAGGCCAGCUGGUAUCAGUAUUGCCUCAGACCUCAUUUAACUGCUCUUCCCAGUUAUCUAAUAGUCACAGCCCUGGCUUUGCUAAGUUGAACAGAAGAGAUGGUGCUGGUGGUUGGUCCCCCUUGGACUCUAACAAAUAUCAAUGGCUUCAGAUUGAUCUUGGAGAAAGAACUGAGAUUACUGCUGUUGCCACACAAGGGAGAUAUGGGAGUUCAGACUGGGUGACAAGUUACCUCCUAAUGUUCAGUGACACUGGCAGAAACUGGAAGCAGUAUCGUCAAGAAGACAGUAUUUGGGCAUUUUAUGGAAAUACUAAUGCAGACAGUGUUGUCCAAUACAAACUGCAGAAGCCUGUUAUAGCAAGAUUCCUGCGAUUUGUUCCUCUUGACUGGAAUUCAAAUGGGAGAAUUGGCAUGAGAGUUGAGAUUUACGGAUGUUUAUACAAGUCAGAUGUGGCAUAUUUUGAUGGCAGCAGCUCAUUACUCUACAAGUCUGAUCAAAAGUCAAGUCAAACAAUGAAAGAUGUCAUCACACUGAAGUUUAAAACCAUGCAGAAUAGUGGAAUUAUUUUAAAGAGCAAAGGACAAUAUCGGGACAGUGUAACAUUGGAACUAAAUAAAGGAAAAUUGUUUCUUCACUUCAGUACAGGCCAAUCAACAUCCAUUUCUGCAGACAAUACAGUGGUGACACUUGGAAGUCUACUGGAUGACCAGCACUGGCACUCUGUUGUCAUUGAACGUAUUAACAAGCAUAUAAAUUUCACUGUGGACAAAAGUACACAGCAGUUUGAAAUUAAUGGAGACUUUAGCCAUUUAAGUAUUAACAAUGAGCUUAGCUUUGGAGGUGUUCCGGGUCAUCGAAAAUCAGGAACGUUUUUGAAGGAAUACUUUCAAGGAUGCUUGGAGAAUCUGUGUUACAAUGGAGUGAAUAUUAUAGAACUGGCUGCCAAACAGAGAUCUCAGAUACUUAUUAUGGGCAAUGUGAUAUUUACCUGUUCUGAACCACCAAAUGUUCCUGUAACUUUUGUAAGCUCUGGAAGUUACCUUCAAUUACCAGGAACUCCACAGAAAGAAAUGAAAGUCAGCUUCCAAUUCAGAACUUGGAACAAAGCUGGAUUGCUCCUAACAACUGAAUUAUAUCAAGGUUUAGGAACCCUGUGGCUUCAUCUCAGUGAGGGCAAGAUUAAGAUCCAAAUCUCCAAAUCUGGGAGGAUCUUUACUGAUGUCACUACAGGAUCCAGUUUGAAUGAUGGACAAUGGCAUUCUAUUGAGUUCAAUGCAAGAAGAAAUCAUUUAAGCAUCACUGUUGACAGGGACCCGGGGUCAGCUGCCUAUGCCACAUCACAGACCUAUAUUAUUUCUGGAAGCCAGUACUUUUUUGGUGGCUGUCCUGGCAUGAAAAUUGAUCAACAAUGCAAAAACCCAUUUAAUGUUUUUCAAGGAUGUAUGAGACUUAUUUACAUUGACAAUAAUGCUGUAGAUCUGAUCAAGGUGCAACAAAAACUCGUCGGAAAUUUCAGUGACCUGCAAAUGGACUUGUGUGGGAUUAUAGAUAGAUGCUCCCCAAACUAUUGUGAACAUGGGGGGAAAUGCUCACAAUCUUGGAAUACAUUCUACUGCAAUUGUACACAUACUGGAUAUAUUGGAGCAACAUGCCACAGCCCUAUUUAUGAGCAGUCGUGUGAAGCAUACAAGCACAAGGGCAAUUCAUCAGGAUUUUAUUAUAUAGAUACAGAUGGAAGUGGCCCUCAGAAUCCACUGCAACUGUACUGCAACAUGACAGAUAAAACUUGGUCUGUGGUGCAACACAACAAUACAGAACUGACUACAUUAAAAGCAUCCAGUGGGGUAAAUCACCGCUUUGUCUACUUUAACUAUACUGCCAAUGUGGAACAGCUCGAGGCUAUAAUUAACCAAGCAGAGUACUGUGAACAGGAGCUUAGCUACCACUGCAAGAAGUCACGCCUUUUAAACACACCUGAUGGAACACCCUUCACUUGGUGGGUUGGAAGAACAAAUGAUGCACAAACAUAUUGGGGUGGUUCCGUACCUGGAAGUAAAAAAUGUGCUUGUGGACUGAUGGAAAACUGCAUUGAUCUGAAACACUAUUGCAACUGUGAUUCUGACAGAAAAGAAUGGACAAAUGACUCUGGCCUUCUCUCUUUCAAAGACCAUUUGCCUGUCUCUAAAAUAGUGUUUGGUGAUAUCAAUAGAGCUGGUUCAGAGGCAGCUUACAGAGUUGGACAUCUACAGUGCUAUGGUGAUAAGAACUUUUGGAAUUCAGCUUUUUUCACCAAGCAAACUUCCUAUCUUCACUUCCCAACAUUCGAUGGUGAACUGAGUGCCGAUAUAUCAUUCUUAUUCAAAACUACAGCAUCAUCUGGUGUAUUUCUGGAAAAUCUCGGAAUCAAAGAUUUCAUACGGAUUGAACUCAACUCUCCUUCUGAAGUAAUUUUUUCAUAUGAUGUCGGGAAUGGUCCUUUUGAAGUGAAUGUGAAGACACCUACUCAACUGAAUGAUGACCAGUGGCAUUAUGUUAAAGCUGAGCGGAAUGUGAAAGAGGCUUCACUUCAAGUAGAUGAGUUUCCAAGUAAGACCCAAAAAGCUCCUGCUGAUGGACAUAUUCAUCUGCAGCUCAACAGCCAAUUAUUUGUAGGAGGUACUGCAUCAAGACAAAAAGGCUUCCUUGGAUGUAUCCGUUCUUUCCAAUUAAAUGGGGUAACACUUGAUCUUGAAGAAAGAGCCAAAAUCACCCCUGGAGUGCAACCAGGCUGCCCAGGGCAUUGCAGCAGUUAUGGUAGCCUUUGCCAGAAUGAGGGGAAAUGUAUUGAAAAGCCUAAUGGUUUUUCAUGUGAUUGCAGUGCAUCUGCAUAUACGGGACCUUUCUGCAAGAAAGAAGUUGCUGCUUAUUUCAAAAGUGGAACAUCUGUGAUGUAUACUUUUAAGGACCAUUAUGAACUAAACAAAAACUCAAGUGCUCAGUCAUCAUCAAUUUACUCAGAUUUAACACUCAGGGGUGAAAGCAUCACUUUCAGCUUCCGCACGACACAGACUCCGGCCUUGAUAUUUUAUGUGAACUCUUACUAUAAAGAAUAUUUGGCAGUGCUUCUAAACAGAAAUGGCCAUUUAAAUAUAAAAUACAAACUGGAAAAUAACAAAGAUGCAGAAAUAUUCAGAAUAAACUUGCGAAACCUGGCAAAUGGACAGCUUCAUACAGUAAGCAUCAAGAGAGAAGUAAAGGCACUCUCAGUACAGGUUGACCAAUAUCCAAGAGAAGAAUUCAGCCUCUCAGCCGAUUCUGAGUUUAAUGCCAUAAGGUCUAUAGUUCUUGGGAAAGUUUAUGAAAGUGAUGACCUUGACCCAGAGGUUUCCAGAGUGAACUCCCUGGGAUUUAAUGGGUGCAUCUCCGUGGUGCGAUUUAAUAACAUUGCUCCUUUGAAGGCUGCCCUGUUUUAUCCAAGCUCAAGCCCAGUUAUAGUGAAAGGACACCUGGUAGAGUCACACUGUGGAUCUUCUUCAUCAUCAAACCCUUUUGCAGCUGAAACUAUACAUUCAUCAUCAGAUCAUUCUGGUCCAAUAGACGAGGGUCAGCCAAUAGUCAAUACAAUCAGGAGUGACUCUGCUCUAAUUGGAGGUGUCAUAGCAGUUGUCAUAUUUGUCGUCCUCUGUGUGGUGGCAAUAAUGGCAAGAUUCUUGUAUCAACGAAAAGAAACAUUUCAAACCAGAGAACCUAAGGGACCAAAGCCUGAAGACAGUACUGACUUUCCUUUCAAUAAUGAGCCCAACUCACACAAUGCAUUAAGUGAAAACCAGAAGGAAUACUUCAUAUGAUAAACGUUGACCUCUUUUAACAAUCAAGCUAAGCUGUGGACAUGAAUGCUUUGCCAAGACUAUCUAGAGACAUCAACAUGUAUUGUGCUUUAUGCAUAGAAAGCAGUUUAACUGAGAAAAAGCAGUUUAACUGAGAUGUGAAAAAUUCAUAUGUUCAUCUGUUGUAUUUCUGUUAUUAUUUUUGUAAAUAAUACAGCUUCCUACAGACUGGUAGAUAUAAAGGUUUGUGAUAUUGUCAUUCAUUAAUUGUAAAUAUUCUGUAAAAUGUAAAUGUUAAAGUAAUGUCUUUAUAAUCAGAACGUUUCUUAAUAUUUCUUUUAAAUUAUUUUUAAUUAUUUGUUUAAAACGUGAUUAAAUGUUUCUACAGUGUUAAACUGGAUAUUCUAACAUAGUUGAAAUAUGUCAGAUAAAGGAAAACAUUUCAAGUGUGUGCAUUGAAUGGAUGUGAUUUUAAAUUUAAUUGCUUUGCCACUUUUUACGUUUGCAUAUUACUUAAAAAAAAUGGUGCCAGGCAUUUUUUGUGGAUAAUGAGUUAAUACCCCAUUUCCAUAUGCAGCUGAAUUUAAAAACACAUUAAAUUAAUAUUUAAUUAUUCAGUACAAGCUUCAUGAACAUUUGGGCUACUUACCUAUGGUUUUGUUAAAAUAACAUCUGAUAUUCAAUAAUUUUAAAGACCAAGUUUGAACAUUAAACUACAGUAUAUACAACUGGAUACUGUAGGGUUAAAAAUCAUGUAAGUGAUUAACUGAUAGAUAGUUAAACUGUAAAGAAUUACAUUACAAGCAUUUUUCCAUCAAAUAACACACUACCACAUAAAUAGUAAUUACUAUUUGUAAAUUCCAAAAUGUUUUUAGCAAAUUUACCAAACAUGAUAAUUGAAAUUUAAUUAAAUCUACAUAAUGCAAAUGUAAUACAAAAUAGCCCAUGCUUUAAGCAAACACUAUGUGGAAGUUAAAAACCAUAACAAAUAAGGUCAUGACCAUAUUUAUGACUAUUAUGGGAACAUGGUGAUUAUUUUAAUUCAUUUGUUUACCAGAUGCAACUAUCCAGUUUACAAAAUAUAAUAUUGUAUUUCAAUACUUUCCAAGCUCAAUAAAAAGAAAAUGAAAAUAUUUAAGGCUUCAAGUACUAAAGAGAAGAGGGGCUAGAAAUACAGCCUCAUAUAAGAAAGCAACAUCACACAUGGUAAUUAUUUUCUGCUCUUUUCACUGGUCUAGAGACACUUGCUAUGCACGACAAUUUACACACAACAUAAACAUUGUAUAGCACAUGGUAAAUAAGGAAGCAAUGAGUCCAGAAAUCCGAGGCACAGAUGACUGAACAGUGAGCCAUGUCAAGGAUAUAACAACAGCACAGGCUGCCUCCUAAAAUUACAAUCCUGAUUGUAAAAUUACAAUCAUGAUUACAUGAAGUAAUAAUGAAAACUGUAAUAGCCUGAAGUAAAUACAGCAGUACUGUAUGUAAACAUAUGAAUUACCGUAUGACUUUUAGAAAAUAGAACAUUAGCACAGUAUGUCACAUGAAUAA